CCACAGCCCCCUAAACAGUCACUUUGAUUCUCAGUCUUAUUCCAAACAAACGACCUGUCCAUAGUCUCAAUCCAUUCUCCUCAGUCUUCCUUACUCUUUCUUAGUACCCUUCAUUUGGGGAAUUAGGGGUCUUCUAAAAUCUCCAUAGAUAUCUUUAAUCCUCUGUAUGUAAAGUAAUAGUAAUAAAGAAUGGAUGCACCUAGAGGAACAGAAGCAGCAUCUACAUCAAUUUCAGAUAAUGGUCCUCCUCCUGCUUCGCCUAGUACAUCACAGACUGAUUUUCAGAAAACGGAAUCCUCGAAUAUGGUUUCCGGUUUGGGCCCAAGCAUGAAACGAGCUGAUCUUUCCCUUCAAAUACCCCCAAAACAUGCUGGUUUUGGAACUGGAAUUGGCAGAAAGUAUUCACCCCAUUCACUAAGUCCAAGAGGUUUUCUUCGGGCUUUAAGCUUUAAGAAGAAAGUUUCUUCAUCUGACGGUGAGAGAAACUCUCUCCUCAGUUCAGAUUACAAGGUAGCUCCAGGAAGCCCUCUUUCAGCAAACUUCGUCUCCUCCUCCAAUUGGCAAAAAUGUACCUCUCUACCUGUGACCCCUGCUUCAAAUUCAUCUCCAUCAGUUUCCACGCCUAUUUCUGCUAGGACACAUGGCGAACAACAAAAGUCACAUUCAUCGCAGAUUGGGGCAUCUAAAGCUAGCAUGUCAAGGUCUCUUUCUGUGCCUGGGAGAAAUUUUGUCAUUGUUAGAUCAAUGUCCUUUGCUACCCAUGAAGAGCAUGUUCCAGAUACUGGAGAUGAAAUUACUCCUGCUCCUGAGAAUGAGGAUAGGGAAAUUCCUGAAGAGGAAGCAGUUUGUAGGAUCUGUCUGGAUGCAUGUGAUGAAGGCAAUACGUUCCAAAUGGAGUGCAGCUGCAAAGGUGACCUAAGACUUGUUCAUGAGGACUGUGCGAUCAAGUGGUUUAGCAUGAAAGGGAACAAAACUUGUGAUGUUUGUCGACAGGAAGUUUCUAAUUUACCUGUGACGCUGCUUCGGGUCCCAAGCACUAGUCAACGAGAUAACAGACAGGAGCACAACAACUCUAGAAGAAUAAGUGCUUGGCAGGACUUUGUGGUGCUUGUUUUGAUCAGCACAAUAUGCUAUUUCUUCUUCCUUGAGCAGUUACUGGUUCAUGACAUGAAAACUCAGGCGCUUGUGAUUGCUGCACCAUUUGCGUUUACACUAGGUCUUUUGGCAUCUAUUUUUGCUGUCAUCCUAGCUAUUAGAGAGUACAUAUGGACAUAUGCCGCUCUAGAGUUUGCUCUUGUGGCCAUUACUCUGCAUGUUUUCUACUCUAUGCUUCAAUUGCAGGCAGUCUAUUCAGUAAUGAUAGCAUCAGUAUUGGGUUUUGGUGCCUCUAUGAGUCUCAAUGCAAUGUACAUUCGAUACUAUUCCUGGCGAGUCCAAAUCUCCGAAAAUUCUAACCCUGCAUGAAAUGAGUAUGAUGGUGAAAUGAUCAAGUUGUAUAGGAAAUAUUGUAUAUGCUUCUUUUUCACCUUAAAGAUGUAUUUUCUUCGUAUUAUUUUCUCUUAUUUCUUUUCCUCAUCAUCUUAUGUGAUGAGGUGGUUGAUACCUCAAGAAAUCUGGCAGUCAAAUGUGUAUACCGAUAUAGGUAAGGUAGUUAUCCCUUGUCUUCUUUCUGUCUCUAGUGCUAGAGAAUAGAGCUCAAUGUAAGGCUGGGACGGACAUUAUCAAAUUCUAAAGCACUGGUUCUACCCUGGUUGAUCUGAUCAGGUUUCUUAUUUCAA